UCUGAGCAAAGGCCAAGAGAGGUUGUGACAGUGUUGUGUUGCAGGGAUAGCAAAUACAGGUGUGCAUGCACCCACAUGCAUUGUGUGUGUAUGCGUACGUGUGUGCGUGUGUGUAUGCACGUAGGUAUGUUGGGUAAGAUCUUGGCUGACGGUCUGGCCCAAUCCUGCAGGCAGCAGGUAGCCCCAAAGGUCUUUAUGGAGGGAAUAGUGCCUUUGGUGCUGUGCAGGGUUGAAGGCCCUGUGGAGGCAGGGUUGAGGAAGUAAAUUUGGAGGUGUGGUCCUGGCAAGAGAGGCCUGAAUGGCAGCACUGGCGGUGGGGCCCUGGGAGGAGUGGUGCAGCCCGAGAGCUGGGGCCUGGCUCCUUUACAUUUGGCAUCUGUUGGGUGUGCAGGGAGAGGGUGGAAGCUGGGGCCGAGGGGUUGGUGAGGCUGGGCUUAGGUGAAAUGAGCACACAUUCCCUGUCCUCUUCCUUUGGGGACAGGGCACAUCCUGGGUCUGGCCCCCAGGCACUUGACCUAGCAGCAUGGCCUGGGGAGGUCCCCAGGUGGGGAGGCCUGGCCAGAGGAGGACGCCUGUGGAAGCCACCGAUGAUGCCUUUUGGGACCAGUUCUGGGCAGACACGGCCACCUCAGUGCAGGAUGUCUUUGCGCUGGUGCCCGCAGCAGAGAUCCGGGCCGUGCGGGAGGAGUCACCCUCCAAUCUGGCCACUCUGUGCUACAAGGCUGUGGAGAAGCUGGUGCAGGGAGCCGAGAGUGGCUGCCAUUCGGAGAAGGAGAAGCAGAUUGUCUUGAACUGCAGCCGGCUUCUCACCCGCGUGCUGCCCUACAUCUUCGAGGACCCUGACUGGAGGGGCUUCUUCUGGUCCACAGUGCCCGGGGCAGGGCGAGCUGGGGGAGAGGAGGAGGAUGAGAAUGCCCGGCCCCUCGCUGAGUCCCUGCUCCUGGCCAUCGCCGACCUCCUCUUCUGUCCAGAUUUCACUGUCCAGAGCCACCGAAGGAGCACUGUGGACUCAGCAGAGGACGUCCACUCCCUGGACAGCUGUGAAUACAUCUGGGAGGCUGGCGUGGGCUUUGCUCACUCCCCCCAGCCCAACUACAUCCAUGACGUGAACCGGAUGGAGCUGUUGAAACUGCUGCUGACAUGCUUCUCUGAGGCCAUGUACCUGCCCCCAGCUCCGGACAGUGGUGGCACCAACCCGUGGGUGCAGUUCUUUUGUUCCACAGAGAACAGACACGCCCUCCCCCUGUUUACCUCCCUCCUCAACACCGUGUGUGCCUAUGACCCUGUGGGCUAUGGGAUCCCCUACAACCACCUGCUCUUCUCCGACUACCGGGAACCCCUGGUGGAGGAGGCUGCCCAGGUGCUCAUUGUCACCUUGGACCAUGACAGUGCCACCAGCGCCAGCCCCACCGUGGACGGCACCACCACAGGCACUGCCAUGGAUGACACGGAUCCUCCGGGACCUGAGAACCUGUUUGUGAACUACCUGUCCCGCAUCCAUCGUGAGGAGGACUUCCAGUUCAUCCUCAAGGGCAUAGCCCGGCUGCUCUCCAACCCCCUGCUCCAGACCUACUUGCCCAACUCCACCAAGAAGAUCCAGUUCCACCAGGAGCUGCUGGUCCUCUUCUGGAAGCUCUGUGACUUCAAUAAGAAAUUCCUCUUCUUUGUGCUCAAGAGCAGUGAUGUGCUGGACAUCCUGGUCCCCAUCCUCUACUUCCUCAACGAUGCCCGAGCAGAUCACUCUCGGGUCGGCCUGAUGCACAUUGGAGUCUUCAUCUUGUUGCUUCUGAGCGGGGAGCGGAACUUUGGGGUGAGGCUGAACAAGCCUUACUCGGUGCGCGUGCCCAUGGACAUCCCGGUCUUCACCGGUACCCAUGCAGACCUGCUCAUUGUGGUAUUCCACAAGAUCAUCACCAGCGGUCACCAGCGCCUGCAGCCCCUCUUUGAUUGCCUGCUCACCAUUGUGGUCAACGUGUCCCCCUACCUCAAGAGCCUGUCCAUGCUAGCUGCCAAUAAGCUGCUGCACCUGCUGGAGGCCUUCUCCACCACCUGGUUCCUCUUCUCCGCUGCCCAGAACCACCACCUGGUCUUCUUCCUGCUGGAGGCCUUCAACAACAUCAUCCAGUACCAGUUCGAUGGCAACUCCAACCUGGUCUACGCCAUCAUCCGAAAGCGCAGCGUCUUCCACCAGCUGGCCAACCUGCCCACCGACCCGCCUGCCAUCCACAAGGCCUUGCAACGGCGCCGACGGGCACCUGAGCCCUUGUCCCGAACUGGCUCACAGGAGGGUGCCUCCAUGGAGGGCUCCCGCCCUGCUGCCCCCGCUGAGCCUGGCACUCUCAAGACCAGUCUGGUGGCCACCCCAGGCAUUGACAAGCUGACAGAGAAGUCCCAGGUGUCAGAGGAUGGCACCUUGCGAUCCCUGGAGCCCGCGUCCCAGCAGAGCUCGUCCGAUGGCAGCCCAGCCAUGGAGGAGCCUGACCAGGCGUGGCGGGAGCAGCGGCGACUGUCCAGCGCAUCAGCCAGUGGGCAGUGGAGCCCAACCUCGGAAUGGGUUCUCUCCUGGAAGUCAAAGCUGCCGCUGCAGACCAUCAUGAGAUUGCUCCAAGUGCUGGUUCCCCAGGUGGAAAAGAUCUGCAUUGACAAGGGCCUGACAGAUGAGUCAGAGAUCCUGAGGUUCCUGCAGCACGGCACCCUGGUGGGGCUGCUGCCUGUGCCCCACCCCAUCCUCAUCCGCAAGUACCAGGCCAACUCGGGCACGGCCAUGUGGUUCCGCACCUACAUGUGGGGGGUCAUCUAUCUGAGGAAUGUGGACCCACCUGUCUGGUACGACACGGAUGUGAAGCUGUUUGAGAUCCAGCGGGUAUGAGGAUGGAAGCCUACCGGGGGCGAGGACCAGGGGAAGGUGGGGGCCCUGGUCCCCUGAUGCUCCCCUGACCCACUGUUCUAGGUUUUAAAUGACCACAAUCAGAGGUGGGGCUGGCAGAGGUGCUGAGUCCCGGGUGGCAGGCCCUAAAGGCCCCUGGUGACUGGGAUGGUGGGGACAGGUUCUGAUUAACCACCCCCCGCCAAUGGCUGGACUCACAGGAGCCUCCCAUCUCCAGGGCUGCAGGCUCUGGCCAGAGCCCCCACCUCACUCUGGCUCCCCCUCAAGACCCGUUUCUGUGCUGCCCAUUCCCAGAGGCCACCAGGUCACUGAGCCCUCGUGGGUUGCCCAACAGGGAGCUGUGGGCUGUUCUGUGAGGCACCUGGGCAGGGGCAUGGGGGCCCUUCCACGCCUCCUAACCUGAUACCACCUGGUCCAGGCCCAGCUUGCUGCCAGGGCCUGAUGGAGGAAGGGGGUGGCCAGGCUGCUUGAGGAGGAGACUGGGGGGCUGGUAGACUGCAGAAGCCAGACUGGGGGACCUCAUGCAUUUUAGGGGUUUGGAGUGGGGUGUUGAGGGUCUCCUGCUGUAUUCUACCUGGUCAAUGGAUAGAGCCUGACUCCCUGUUAUCCAGUAUGUGGGGGGAGAAGUGUAGGAAGGAAGCUGUUCAAUCCUCCCUGCCCCUGCCCGCCUCCUGGAUGAUGGGGGGCCAGAGGGAGCAGGAUGCCACCCCUCCACCCUCCAGCUCUGGCCUCUGGGUCUCCCUCACCCUACCUGUGUCAGUACAAUCUUUGCUCUGUACAAUCGGCCUCUUUACACAAUAAACCACCCUCUGCA